AGAGAGAGAGAGAGAGAGAGAGACUAUGCGUGAAGGACUGUGUAAUAUAUAUUUUAUUUAUUUAUUUUUCACUUUAGGUUAGUGAGUGUGUCUGUUCAUCCAAUCUGUGCAACUUGACCAUCCAUCCAGUCAGUCUGUCAGUCACACAUCCAGUCUGCUCACUGUCACCCAUCCCAUCACCCACUCACCCAGUCACUCACACAUCCCAUCACCCACACACCCAUCUCAUCACAGGGUAGGGAAAUUCAUAGGUAAAUGGCACAGACCGUUAAGAAUCUAAUUUAAAUCACAGAAAGAUACUCUGGCAGUUGUCUGGAGGCUGGCUAAGGAUGAGCUAACAGAUAUUAACUCACUGAAGAGGAGAGGGAAGAGUUAACUAACUGAGGAUGUAGAGGCAAUAGAUGAGGGUAAGAACAAUAGCAGGAGAUAUUGUAGUGGAGAGUUUUGGACAAGAAAGUGAGGAAGUGGUACCUGAACAUGAGGGAGGGCUGGAAAACAGUGAAGGAGAAAGAAGCCCUAUGGAGUGUGAUGCAGAAUAAUAUUAAUAGCCUCAUCUUGGGAUUAAGCCAAAUGUUUAUCCUGAUGAGUCUGGAUAUAAUUCACCUUACAGAAAUAAAAUUGUGAUGAGUUACAAGUAGAGAACAUUGAACAAAAUAGAUACAACUUAUGAAAAAGAUCAAACAAGAAAGGAGUGAUGUUUUUAGUUAAGGAAAGCUUCAAAGUGGCUGGAUACAAUGUGAUGAUGGACUAGCAGAUGCAUUAAUAAUUAGAGUCCAAAAUAUACCAGGCAAAAAGACGAUUCAAAGUAACUGACAUACCAAGCAAUUAAUUAGGGAAAUCAGUCUUUGUUGACACUUCCAAAGCCUUUCAGUUUGUCGACCUCAGUAUACUGUUAGGAAAAAGAGCGAUAUUAAGACAUGAGGUAUAAGCACUCCUGAUUCAAAGGCUAUUUGACUGAUAGUGUGUGUGUGUGUCCUAAAUUUUUCUUAUCGUAUGACAUAAUUAUAGUUUUAGAUCCUCAUCAGUCACUGCUACAUCUUGCAACCAGUAUUUGGAGAACACAGUGAGAAUAAUUGAGGGUGGUUGCAUCACCCUCAAUCACGAUCUACAAAACUCAAACGAUGACCAAAGGGGCAAUGGAUCUGUACAUGAGUGAGGUGGCGAGGGGCGUGGCCAGGGGGCGGCUAGCAGCGUGUGCCACCAGGGAAAUGUGUAUGAACAUAAAAAAAGGCGCCUGUCAAGAAAGGUUCGUUUGGUGCAAGGAGUUGGCACAAGAGGCGUCUGAGGCUGUGCAGAGCGGCCGUCUGAACCUGGUGCCACAGCUGCACAGGAGGGCAUGGCAUAGCUGGCUGGACAACAUCACAGACUGGUGUGUCUCCCAGCAACUCUGGUGGGGCCACAGAAUGCCAGUGUACCACAUCACUGCAGCAGACGGCCGGGAGGUGUGGGUGGCAGCUGCUCGGAGGAAGAUGCAAGGCGGAAGGCUGUGCAGAAGGAAGACUGUGCUGCUGCAUGGCCUCCUGUGUGAUGGUGGCGGCCACAAGACAUCCAAGUCCUGGGGCAAUGUGAUAAACCCCCUGGAUGUGAUCAGUGGGGCGUCCCUGGAGGUACUGUGUGAGAGGAUGGAGGGGAGCCUGAAUACAGAAGAGGUACUCACUGGUAUCAGGGAGGAACUUCCCCACAGGCAUCCCAGAGUGUGGAGCUGAUGCCCUUUGGUUCACCCUGUGCUCCACCAACUUCAAUAGUCAGUGUGGCAUAGAUAGAUGAAUGUGUAUAACUUUGUGGUGCAUUGAGUCUUGUGUGGGGUAACUGGGUUGGUGUAUGGAUCAAUGAAUGGAGUAGAGAUAAGAUUUUGGUGAGUGCUCUUGUAAGAUUAGGGUAGGAGUGCUUCUCGUCUCCGUCAAGGGCUAAGGUGUUGAGUGUUGAUUGAGUGAGGGUGAAAAUUGUGUGUUUUGGUAUAUGUAGGAGAUAAGAUUUUAAUGAGUGCUCUUGUAAAGUUAGGGUAGGAGUGCUUCUCAUCUCAAUCAAGGGCUAAGGUGUUGUGUGUUGAGUGAGUGAGGCUGAAAAUUGUGUUUUUGUUUUGGUAUAUGUAGGAGAUAAGAUUUUAGUGAGUGCUCUUGUAAGGUUAGGAUAGGAGUGCUUCUCAUCUCCAUCAAGGGCUAAGGUGUUGAGUGUUGAGUGAGUGUUUAAAUAUAUUUGUAGGAGAUAAUAUUUUAGUGGUUCUCUUUCCCAACAAGGAUUAACGCAUUGAAAGAUUGUUGUGGGUGAGAGUAACGGUGAAAUUUGUGUGCUUUAUCUUCGUAUAUGUAAGAGAUAAGCUAUAAUAAGUGUAUUUGUAAGGUUAAGGCAGUAGUGCUUCUCUUCCCCAACAAAGGUUAAGGUGUUGAAAGAGUGUUGUGAGUGAGUGUGAGGUGGGUGUGAAAGCUGUGUGCCUUGCCUUGCUAUGCGUUUGUACAUCUCUCAUAACACUUCCCUGCCAGACCACCUGUGUGUGUGUGUGUGUGUGUGUGUGUGUGUGUGUGUGUUAUAUAUAAAAUAUAAAUAAAUAACUACAUUUCUACUCUACUGAUGGGAGAAACACGCUUUAAAAAGGCUCUAUUUGAAGUGGCACAGGUUUUUAAGGAUGUUUUUCAUGGUUUUAGUGACAAAUUAACAACAUUCCUACAUAACUAACAGGAGAAACACUCACGAAAACCUCUGCUAAUCAUCUUUGUGGCCUUUGGAAUCAAUCGUGAAAGAGAGAGAGAGAGAGAGAGAGAGAGAGAGAGAGAGAGAGAGAGAGAGAGAGAGAGAGAGAGAGAGAGAGAGAGAGAGAGAGAGAGAGUGUCAGCUAAA